AUGUUAAGGGCAAACCCAUUCAGCAUGUGGUUUCCUUUUACGUUUUUUCUGUUUGGCUGUUUUGUGCCUCUGCUGCAAGCUGCAAACGUAGAUACCGGUGCUAUUUUGGGCUGUUCUCCUCAAAAUCUUUCACCUGGUUUUCAGGUCGAGCUCUAUGACUAUCCUCUACCCUACCCUGGGGGCAAUCCCAGUGGUGGCGUCUGUUACAAUCCAGCAUAUGGUCAGGAUAGUUUCUUGUUCGAGGGUGGUUACAAAACUUUGGGUAAUGGGCUGAUUGCCAAAUCCGAUGGAGUUACCAACCUAAAAUUUUCCACCACUUUCAACAAAGCCUGUCUUCCAAAUAUUGGACAACUGCCAUCCAACUACAAGAUUGACAAACAAUUUGCCACUACAAAUUUCAGUAUGCUUAUCACUGGGUACUUCAAGGCUCCAAAGACCGGAACCUAUAAGUUCAACUUGAGAUACGUUGAUGAUCUUGUCUACAUCAAUUUGGGUUCAGGAAAUGCUUUUGAAUGUUGUCAAAGAGACAGUACCGUGACGUAUCCCGGUGGUUUUGUCCUUCGUGCUCAGUGGUUCUCUACGCAAACCACUCAGAAGGUAUCGGUCGACCUCGUUGGAGGUGUAUACUAUCCCAUCAGAGUUUUUUAUGUGAACAGAGAUAACCUGGGUGCUUUAGAUCUGACUAUCAUUGACGCCGACGGAGUCGAUCAUUCGGACUGGUCUGACUUCGUGUUCAGUGGUGGCGAUCUAGAGAACAAGCAAAAGUGUGACGUCCCACCAACCACCUCGACCACUGGUUGGCCAAAGCAGUACACUUCUACCUACACUACAGUUUCGACUUACACCAAUACGCAAGGGAAAGUUACUACAGGUAACGUGAUUGUCGUCGAAACACCUAUUCCACCUGUGACACAAACAACCACUACGGCCUGGACUGGUUCUUACACGACAACCUAUACCACUGAGACAACAGUGACCCUCGGGAGCGACAGUCUAACUACACCGGAAAUUAUUUAUCAUGUCGAGACUCCUGAGGCCCACGGUGCUUCCACCACCUACACACCAUGGACUGGUACAUACACUUCGACCUACGCCACUUCGACGAGCACUAUCAAGGGCUCUAACGGUGUGAACACAAUCAGCACGAUCUACUAUGUCGAGACUCCUGAAGCCCACGGUGCUUCCACCACCUACACACCAUGGACUGGUACAUACACUUCGACCUACGCCACUUCGACGAGCACUAUCAAGGGCUCUAACGGUGUGAACACAAUCAGCACGAUCUAUGUCGAGACUCCUGAAGCCCACGGUGCUUCCACCACCUACACACCAUGGACCGGUACCUUCACGUCGACUUUCUCUACCGAGACCACCAAGACCGUGGGCACCGACGGCUCUACCACCCCAGAGACGAUCUACCACGUCGAGACUCCAACGACCGGUAUUGUUUCCACAACCUACACCCCAUGGACCGGUACCUUCACGUCGACUUUCUCUACCGAGACCACCAAGACCGUGGGCACCGACGGCUCUACCACCCCAGAGACGAUCUACCACGUCGAGACUCCACAUUUUGGCUACACUAACUCGACCACUACUUCCCCAAUUAAGUCAGAGACCUCCUCAACUACUUUGUCAUCUGGAGGGGGGGAAAUUACGGUCACUACAACAUCUAAUGGUUUGACCACCAUUUACACCACCACCUGCCCGGACAGCGAGUCGAUGUCCAAGUCUUGGGCUUGGACUACUGUAACCACCACAUCCAACGGCGUCGCCACGGUAUACACGACGACUUGUCCUGAAAGUGAUGUUUCUUCCACGUCAUUCCCUACUAUUACACCAACUUCCGAAGUUGUGACUAGUACCGCGGACAACACCGUACCAGAAAAUGACAGAAGCGGUAGUUUUGAACCUGCCUCAACUGGCCCAGUGGAAAGCGCCACCACCACCGCCCCAACAGGUGUUCCUGAGAGCGGCAAUUCUGAACCUGCUCCAACUGGCCCAGUGGAAAGCGCCACUACCACCGCCCCAACAGGUGUUCCUGAGAGCGGCAAUUCUGAACCUGCUCCAACUGGCCCAGUGGAAAGCGCCACUACCACCGCCCCAUUGGUUAUUCCUGACAGCGGCAAGACCCAGAGAACGAUAAAGCCUGCUGGCACCCCAAGUGAGCAAGCUACCACGUCCACUGUCGCCCCCAGUUACAAACCUACAAUCACCACCGAGGCAACUCAGGAGACAGGUUCUAAGACCACUGCUCCUUCAGCUGAAACGCAUGAUACCCAAACCUUCAGUCCCUCGACUGUGACCUCCAUCGUCGAAGAGCAGACUUCUUACAGUACUGGAAGCCCAGCUACUGUUGGAAGCUCGGUACUAAUUAGUUCUUAUGUUGGUGAAGCCUCCUCUAGAGUCAUCAAUUACUUGCUGUUAGCAUUGCCUCUAGUUUUUGUUUAA